GCUUCAAGUCCUCUCUUCCUCCGAUCAGAUUUGAAACCCCGAAGAUCUGUCUUCGAAUCCGUCUUCUCCAGAUCCUCCAGGAACCGAAUCCGAGUCCGACUCACCAGAACACAGCGAAGAACACGAAAACCCAGAGCAAUCUAAUCCUAACGAAGACAAAGAGGACGAGAACGGCAGAUGGAGCUUCAGUGGUCUGAUGAAAACCAUAGCCGGCGAGAUCUAGAAGGAUUCGAGAGAGGCUUGAAGAAGGAGAUCGAAGUGGCGCAAGGAUCGCUUGGUACCCUAGCAGUACUAGCUUUGGUCGUCGUGAUGAUCUGCCUAACUUCCGACACCGGGAUCUCUUCGGAGAGAAGCUUCAGGAGCGUUAUCCUCACCGUGCUGCUCCAAUCUCCUCAUUCGAGUUUCGAGAAUUGGCAACAAAAAAAAAGUUGAGCAACUCCGAUGAAGUUAAUACUGAAAUCUGCGGAGGAGACACGUCGACGUAACCCUAAUUCCCAAAUUUGAAUUAGAGAUCAAAGUUCGAGACCUGUGCGAACUGUGUAUCCAUCAUCUCUUCUCGGUGAUCAUUCGCUUUCUCGUGCCUCGAUACGGUCCUACUUCAGAAAAGCUUUCCCGUGGGUCCUUCAGAAAAGCUUUCUCGUGGCUCAAGACGGGUCCUACAAGAUGACUGACAAGAAAGACAUCUCUGAACUUUUCCAGAUUCUCGAAUGCGAUAAAGAUCCAUUGAUUCAACCUUUGGGCUCAAGAAUCCAGCAGCUGACAAACAUCACCCAUACCCCUACCCCUAGGAAAGAAAAGUACAAUUACUUCUUUCGAGAACUUUUCAAAGAAGUUUUUGAUCCCCUAUGCCAUCAAGACUUCUCUGUGGACGGUAUCAGAUGCCUCCUAUUCAUUCCCGAAGCUCGCAUUUACCCCAACUCGAAAGACAUCAAAUUCUAUAUCAAAAAGUCGUUUGAAAAAGCUGAGCACCAUUUGACUCUGUUCCCGAGUUAUCUCCCAUUUGUAAAAGCAGUUAUCGAUUCAGAAACUUCUAUCAAAGCAAGCUUUUACCCUACGCUUAGGGAAACAAUGGUGAAAAAAACAGUUGCUAUGCUCCAAGACUUGUCUUCAAGAGAAGGAUGUUCCCUUGAUGACAAGCUGAAAUACAGUUUCUGCUGGAUAAAUUUUGGAGAUGACCUAAAGAUGGGUUGCGUAGAAAGGACUGAUUAUCAGAUGCUUUUGGUUCCUCUCCUGAGAUUUCACUCCUCCAAAAGUCUCCUAGAAGAUGAAGUAAUCAGCCUCGACAGAUAUGUAGAAAGCAUGCCUCAAAACCAGAAACGAGUGUAUUACUUAGCUGUGAAAUCUAUUGAGAUUGCUAAAGUGUCUCCUUUCUUGGCAACCCACAUUGAGGUUCUAAUAUUGGAUGGAAUACAUGAUAAGCUUCUUGUUCAACGACUAGUUGCUUACAAAGGAUAUCAGUUCUCUGAUAUCACUAAAGAAGAUUUGAGAGAGUUCACCGAAGGACUGAGCCCUGCCACAUUUGGUAUCACGGAUAGUCUUAGAGUUUUUGUCGAUGGACUGACCCUUGCCACAUUCCAGGCUAUCCCUGAACAAGAUGAAUUGGAAGUUUCUGACCUGAAAACAACUGCAAAAGAUCUCUCGGAGUGGCAGGAGGGACAUGUCACUCUUGUUCUUGGCUCAAUCACGCGAGUAUCGAUGUUAAGAUUUGCAUUAUGCCCGGAUGUCAUGAACGAAAGGAGCUUCUGGAGAAUAUACUUCAACCUUGUGAACACUCAUGUUGCACCAUAUGAGAGGAAGUACAUGGAGGAACUUAGGAGCAAAGCGGAGAGUAAUGAAGAUGAAGAAGCUAAGAAGACUCCGGCGGUUUUAGGGACAGAAAAAACAGACAAGUACAUGGAGGAACUUAGGAGCAAAGCGGAGAGUAAUGAAGAUGACGAAGCUAAGAAGACUCCGGCGGUUUUAGGGACAGAAACAACAGACAAGUACAUGGAGGAACUUAGGAGCAAAGCGGAGAGUAAUGAAGAUGACGAAGCUAAGAAGACUCCGGCGGUUUUAGGGACAGAAACAACAGACAAGUACAUGGAGGAACUUAGGAGCAAAGCGGAGAGUAAUGAAGAUGACGAAGCUAAGAAGACUCCGGCGGUUUUAGGGACAGAAACAACAGACAAGUACAUGGAGGAACUUAGGAUCAAAGCGGAGAGUAAUGAAGAUGACGAAGCUAAGAAGACUCCGGCGGUUUUAGGGACAGAAACAAUAGACAAGAAUGUGGCGAAGAGUAGAACAUCUACUGCAUCGUCUGAGCAAGAUGAUGACAGCGAUGAAGCUCCUGAUGUUGACUUUGGCAAGAUGGGCAAAAAGGAGACAAGUGCAGCAAAUUAGGAACAUAUUAGUUUUUACACCGAAUACGUGGGAAUAUUACCUUAGAUGCGUGUAUAGAAUUAGUGUCAUCAGUGUAUUAUGUAUAGCUAUUAUCGCCAUGAUUGUUUUGUGGUGAAGACAAUACAGUUUAAAGCCAACUAACGAUUUGAGAAUUAAGUAUAUACUACUUGGUCUUCUUCCUU